AUGGAAGAUUUUUGUGGUCGUGGCGUGAAGAGGUUCAAUGAUGCCCGGGGCCUUGUACCUAAGACCUUGGGGAAGGGCGGUAAGGGUUAUACUGUUCGAUACGACUCGUUGCAUUAUAUGCCCUCCCGUAGCAAAGAGCCAAAGGAUCAGUACAUGAUGCAGGAAUACCAACUUCCUGUUUCUGGGUAUAUGUCACCACGAUCCUUGACUGAACAGCUUCCAGGUAUUCCGGAAACUAAAACACCAGAGUUCGAAAGUUCUGGACCAAGAUCACCAUUUGAUAGCUACCCGGGUCCAGCAGGAAGCACCUCCAUAUCGAGCACCUCUCGUAGGUCAUCUGGUGGUGGUAUCCAAAGACAAGCUUCUCUCUGUAUAUCGGAUGCAGAAGAUGCCGAACUCCCUUUCCCGCGUCAAUCAACUGGGUCAGAUCGAUCGGUAAUUUGUGAAAGUUUGCCAUCUAAUGAUAUAGGAGAAUCUAAUGAAUCGAGAGCACAGAGUUCUCCCGAGGAGACUGCAACAGGAACUGGACUAACUAAGGUGUCGGUAGUGGUUCAUCAUCGCGAAGAGCAGCCAGUGUUUAUAACCAGUGAAAGUCCGCCAGGUAGCAACCACUCGGGAACUUCGAUUCCUAAAGGAGAAAAGGCAUCUUCUCAUUGUAGCCACUCUCAUUCUUCGCUAGACUCGAGUAGCACGAGGACAGUCAUACCACGCGAGUCAGUCGCAAAACGUGUCGAUGCUAAAGAAGCUUCCUCACAGACUGUAUUGACCAACAUAUACGCUAUAGGCUUUAAUGACUACUUUAGGGUAAUAAACUCGGGACAACAACCUGUCAUUGCUAGGAUAAACUUAGAAGAAUAUGAUUAUGUGAGCGACCCUUCCAAAUCACUGGUCCUUGGGGGAAUAGAUGUAGAAGAGGACCAUUAUAUAGCUGAUUCCCCCCACCUUCAAGUAAAAGAAGAACCACACCUCCGAAAAGGGUCAGUCUAUAGUUUGGAUUUGACAUUGGACGGAGAAGGCUGGAAGGAAGUUCCGACCUCUUUACACAAAGCUGAUAGCACAGAAAGUGGAAUUCUGGAACAUAAAUUGGAGUUAUAUCAGAAAGAAAAUCUCAAAACGUUUUUAAGUCGCUCAGAUAUUUCAACACCUGAGCAGGAGAGAAUAGAAACAUACAAGAUUCGUUACAACGACACGGGAAGUAAGGAGGAUGUGCGAGAAGAAAAAAUAGUUAUUUUCACCCCAGAAAGUGAGGAAAUAGAAGAAUCAAAAUCAAUUGAAGAUGAAUAUGAGUUUCAACGUCAACAAUACCGUGAUCUCUGGGAGCUUCGAGCUACUUUUGAAGAAGAAGAAGAACUUCAGGACAUCUUACAAAUAGAUGAAGAUGACGAUCUGAGAGACAUUUGUUGUUUAGAUGACUAUGACAAAGAUGAAAAGGUCUUGAGUAGCUCAGAGGUAUGUGAUGAAGAUGAAGAAAAAUGUCCCACUUUGACUGAUAAAGAAAAAACCGUAAAGGCUGAACAGGACUAUGAGUCAUAUUGUCAUACAGAAGACGAGGAACCUCAGGACGAGCACCAAUGUGUCAAAGAGAAUGGAAACACACAGUGUAAUAAAGAAUAUGAAGAAUGUGAUCUAGCAGAGGAUGAAAGAUCUCCAAGAGCCACAGAAAAAUCACCUGAACUAGAUCUAGCCACUUCACAAGCUACUUCGUUUGAGUCGUAUGCAGAUCUUGUGUACACCGAUGAUGGAUGUACCUCUCCUGUGGACUGUCAAACUAGAAUAACCAAUAAUGUAUUGGAACUUCCCUCAUACGAGUCCAGAAGACAUAGUUACAAAAAUCUUCUUGCUAGACGCCUCCAAAGACGUUAUGCAUCAGAUCCGACACAGCCUGUGGCUACCAGCACGGACAACAGUUUGGACAGUAUGGAGGGGUCCUCCACUGAUGCCAGUAGACACACUACAUCCAUGGAUUCCACUACCACAGACAACACCGACAGCACAGGGGAUGGGCAGUCGCACAAGUUGCAGCAAAUGAAGGCGGACAGUGGCUAUAAGUCCAUGUCUGUCGAUGGAAACGGAAAACCCCCCAAACUAAGCCGAAAGCAAAUCCAACCUGCCAUCGACGAAGAUACGAUUACAGUUCUGGAUUGUAUUCUUGACAAGGGUUCGCCUGAUGUGAACGGUAUCCCAGACAUCAAAGAACCAAACAAAUCCUUAGAGACAGCUUCAGAAGAACAGUUAACGAGGAAGAUUGAGACCAGCAAAGAACACUUAUUUACUUAUCAUAGAGAUUCCUUUAACUGGGAUCGGAAAAAGAUUAAGAGUGCCUUUAGGAAAAGAAGACAGUAUUUAAAGAGCCGACAUGACUCCCAAACUCUAAGUGAGGGUGCUUUACAAUGGCGUAGCGACUCAUUUUCUGACUCACAAUCAAUUUCAGACAGUAGGCAAGAUCUCCGAGAAAAAUCGUCAAUGUUUCAUCGCUUUUUUCGCUCGAAUAGACUGCGUUUCGACAGAUUUCUUAUGCGUGACUACAGCGUCGAUGAAAAGAGUGACAGUCUUUUCCGAGAGUUCGCACGAAGUGACCCGAUAUAUGAAGUCGUUUCCUCAAGGUUUCUACACGGGCAUCUUCGUAUGUACCAACACUACUCUCGAGACCAGAACAACACCAGCCCUAGAAUGUCGAGGAAAGUCCUCUCUCCACAACUUAGUAUAGAAGAAGAAGAACCCUGGAGAGCGAUGAAGAACAUCAUUCCGUUGAAGAUUAUUGGCAAACACGAGACAGAUCGCACAGCCAACAUCAACCGCAGAUAGCUCAGGCAGCGGGGAUACCUGUUAUUCGACUACCAAUGGAGAGAGACUAUUGAACAAUCCGUCAGUCACAGAAAUGCUCGAUUUCCGUACGGGUAACAAUAAGGACAAAGUACAGAAUAUUUUCAGUGUCCUGUGAGUUACUGUUAAAAAGAUAAAAUGGAGGGAGGCGCCCUCGAGAAGAUGAGGAAUGUGAAUACAGAAACCAAACACUGAAUAAUAUGUAAUCAGAGAAUAUUCAUCGUUUAGAAAUGUAAUCAAUUCACCAAACACGACCAGACGUACAUUUGCUGCGAAGCAUGAAAAUUGUCGCCUUUCAUUACAAAAAAUAAAAAAAAAUCCUGAGGAUAAAUCACGAACUCGAAGAAUAAAUUUAACGACUUCUGGAGGUCAGGUAUGUCUUUUUAUUGGGAACAAUUACAGAAAAAUCAAGGACUACUUGUGGGAUCAAAUAUUAAAUAAUAUAUGUGUGCCGUAAAAUGAAAUAUUGUUGUUUUGUCUAAAAUAUUAUAUAUCUUAUAACUAUAUACACAAAAUGUCUAGGCUUUCUUAACAAUAUUUUGUGAACUUAGUGCGCGAAAUACACGAGGGGGUGCUUCACUCGAGACUUUGGUGAUGGGGUGUUU